UGGGGGCACUGGUGGGACUGGAGACGGGGAAGACGGGAAGGACUGAGGGACACUGAAGGAACUGGGAAUACUGGGAGCACGGGGGGACACUGGGAAGCAGUGGGGCAACUGGUAGGCACUGGGAGGACUGGGGCCGCCAGGGGGCGCUGUGGAGCAUCGGUGGGCGUGGCUCGCAGUGUACAGUGACGUCAGUAUUCAGCGCCCACCCGUGACGUCAUUCGCGCGCCGCCGGAGCCGCGAUGGCGGCGCAGGGGGGGGAGGAGGAGGAGGCGCCGGUACCUCCCCAGAAGCGCUUUUACCGCCAGCGCGCGCACUCGAACCCGCUGGCAGAUCACACCCUGCGCUACCCCCCCCGGCCGCAGGACAUGGACUGGGCCUCGCUGUUCCCGGCGUUUUUCCCGCCCGACGCCCCCCCCGGGACUCCCCCGGCCCGCGUGGAGUUCGCAGACGUGGGGUGCGGGUACGGGGGGCUGCUCGUGGCCCUGGCAGAGCUGUUCCCCCAGACCCUGGCCCUGGGGCUGGAGCUCCGAGGGAAGGUGGCCGCGUUCACGCGGGCGCGGCUCCGGGCGCUCCGGGCGGCCCGGCCCGGCCACUUCGGCAAUGUGGCCUGUGUGAGGGGCAACGCCAUGAAACACCUGCCCCACUUCUUCCACAGGGCACAGCUCUCCAAGUUGUUUUUCCUGUUCCCCGACCCCCAUUUCAAGCGCACGAAGCACAAGUGGAGAAUCAUCAGCCCCGCGAUGCUGGCAGAGUACGGCUUCGUGCUGCGGCCUGGGGGCCUGGUGUACACGGUGACAGAUGUCCCUGAGCUGCACCAGUGGAUGCUGCAUCAUUUCGGGGAGCACCCCCUGUUCGAGCCCCUGCCCCCUGCCCAGCUGGCCACGGACCCGCUGCUGCCGCUGCUGCCGGCGGUGACGGAGGAGGGGCAGCGGGCCCAGCGGGCCGGGCGGCCCCCCCGCACCGCCGUGUUCCGCCGCCGCCACGACCCCCCCCCGGGGGGGCCCUGAGGGGCCGGGGGGGGCCGGACCCCCGCGAGCCCCCGGGGACCCUCC